UUAACACCUAUUGGGUGCAGGAAAACUAAACAUACAAUCCGCAUUUACUGUAGAUUCAGUUACAUUUGGAAAUCUAUUACAUUUUAUAACCAGUUGUUCAUUAGUAGGUUCAUAUAAAUGGUCAAAAUAGUUUUUGCAACAUUUAAAUUUUGGUUAAAUGUCAGAUUACAGGUUCGGACGUGUUUCUCUGUUUCUCCUGGCAUGUUUCCUUAUUUCAGCAUGGUUGGUUUUCUGGAGAUUGCCAACAGUGAGAAGAUUUCAUCCCCCCAGUCCUAAACCCGCUAGCCCAAGAAAGGCAUCUAUAAUUUCAGCACAAGACAUGGGAAUCACUCUGGAGGAGUGGGAUAGACUUCAGAAGGCUUGUGACUGGCCCAGUCCAGAUGGAGAAAUCCCUCGGCUGGAUCAGAGCACAAGUCCAGUCCACACAACAUUCUCUGUUGAGGGACUCCAUGAGACGUAUAAAGUGGGAGAUACGAUCCGCGUUACCAUCACAGCUAGAGACCACAACAACAACGUGAAAUCAUACGGAGGCGAUUUUUUCAGAGCAAAGCUUUUGAAUUUGACCUUAAAGGCAGGUGUUUAUGGAGAAGUUGUCGAUCACCGUAAUGGAACGUACACUGUUGAUUUUCUGCUGCCCUGGGAAGGCCAAGCACAAGCGGAUGUGUUUCUGAUCAUCUCCAGUGAAGGUGUGCACGUUCUUAACAAAUACUUUGAGUCAAAGCCGCACAUCCGCUAUUACGGUUACUUUGAAGGGCCAGGACCCGACGGAGUAAAGACAGUUGAGAAAGUGGAAUGUAAUGUUAAAUGGGGCUCAGUUCAAGGACUCUGGAGUAAAGCAAACUGCUGCUGCGAGUAUAAGGAUGUGCAGACGGGUUCGGUGUGGCAGUGUGAGAGACCGCACAAUCUUUCCUGUGAAUACUGGGUGUAUCACGAACACGGUGAACAUCAAUUUCCAGCCACUCCUUUUGAGAGACAACUUUUCUCAAGCAAAUUAAAAAAUGUUGGUAUUACCGGAGAAAAGCACAUUAUAAAUGUCCUCCCCAACGCUGCAGGCAUUGGUGAACCUGAGAGAUGCAGGCGGGGUCUGAGCACACCAGUUCCUGCAGGAUUCUAUUUUCAAGAUGUCUGGAAGUCUUUUGUAUGUAACACUAGACGGUUUAAUUCUCAGCAAAGGACAUCUUGUCUUUCAAACAAGAUUUUUUACAUCUUGGGAGACUCUACCACGAGACAGUACUUUGAGUUUUUUGAAAGAAAUGUGCCUGGUCUGAAAAGAAUGAAUCUUUACACCCAUCACAAGAACGGACCGCUGAUGGCUGUUGAGUUAAAAAACAACAUCAUUAUGUACUGGAGGACACACGGCUUUCCUCUGCGAUUUCCAAAAAUGCCAGCCCGCGACCUGCAUUACAUCACUUCUGAAAUGGAUCAUAUAGCUGGUGGACGUGAAACAGUCAUUGUCUUCACGUUUUCUGCCCACAUGACUUUGCAUCCGCUCACGUUGUAUAUACAUAGAGUGGCUAAAAUUCGUGAAGCAGUGAGUCGACUACUGACUCGUGCACCUGAGACUGUCAUCAUCAUCAAGUCUGGAAACACGGGCUUAACAGCGAUGGAAUUUGGAAAUGAUUGGUACAGCAGACAGUUAAACACAGUGUUGAGAGAGAUGUUCAGGGACAUUGAUAACGUGUUCUACAUGGAUGUCUGGCAGAUGACGUCAUGUCACUACACACCUGUGAACAUUCAUCCAAUCAAUGUUAUCAUCAGCAAUGAGAUCGACAUGAUUCUCUCUUUUGUCUGCCCUUCCUGACAGUAGAUAUUUGAUAUCUUUACACCAAUGCACUUGUACGUGUUCUCCAUUGAAUAUUCAAUUUUUCUUAACAUUUUUCGGAUUCAUCUGUAAGUUUUGAAUUCUGUUUUAUUUAAAUAGCGCUUUUCACAAUGUUUCAUUGACUCAAAGCAGCUUUACAGGAUCAUCUUUGCUCUUGAUUGUUGAAGGAGAUUGCCUUGGCUGGAGCCUAUGUUUGCCCUGUGUAUUAUGGACUUUUAUAUUAUUUCCCUUCCUGUGCCGUGUUUGUAGUCCUUUGUAGUUUUUCGUGUUAAUUUGUGUUUCCCAGGUGUUUCUUGUCAUGUUCUUCCCUGUACAUAUAUGUGAUUAUACAGUUAGUCUAAACGACUGUUUAAAGCUGUCAACACAUGUCUUAUUAUCAUUAACUUAUUAGACGAGAAAGCGCAGCAGCAAUAAAAAUGUAUGAGUUUCUAAAGAGAAAUAAAUCUCUAGAAAUCUGUCACUCAUACUCACAGCAUUCAUUCUCAGGGGCGUGUUUACCAUUUUGGGGUCUCUAAGCAAAGUGAAGACCUGACAAAAAACAUUUUUGUAUGAAUUGCACACCAGGAGUACAUGGA